GCGACCGCGACUCUAUCCUGUGUUCUGCCUGAGCAUCUGUUGCUGUUGGCCAAGGGAGGCCUUGUUGUGGUCUCGUCCUUGCAUCCAUCAUGACGACCUUCGUUCCGCGUGCGCCCUAUACAAAGGAGGAGCUCGCGCAGCUCUAUCCCCAGGAACUCGAGCUACGGCUAGUGCAAGUCCUACUCCGCCAUGGAGAACGCAGCCCCGUGUCACCCAGGUUCCAGAAUACGGGUUUGCGGCCAUAUUGGCCUUACUGCAAUUCCGCCCGCCAGUUUUCCAGCGUUGUAAUGUCAACUACAGACUGGUCAAAGUGGGACCAAUUGAAGUACCGACGAAGGCUGGAGACCUUUGGUCUCGACGAUGGACCCGUAAUCGCGUCUGGUCCGGACGGAGAGUUUGAUGGUAUAUGCCAACCCGGAGAGCUCACAGACAAAGGCCGCGAAACCACUCUUGCCCUUGGACAGCGUCUCCGCCAUCUAUAUGUAGACCAGCUCCGCUUCAUGCCGAAGCUCAUCUCAGACUCGGACAUGAUUUACCUACGCGCAACCCCCAUUCCGCGAGCACUAGAAUCCGUCCAGCAAGCAUUCUACGGCUUCUAUCCACCAAGCGCAAGAACAGCCGACUUCCCCGCACCGACCAUCAUCACCAGGACGCCCGCUGACGAGACUCUCUUCCCCAACGACGGCAACUGCAGGCGCUUUGCCCAUCUCAGCCGCGCGUUUGCCAACCGUGCGGCCGAGCGCUGGAACGAGACCGAGGACGUGCAGUACCUCUCCAAGCUGUUCACCAAGUGGAUGCCAGGAAACCAGCCCGUUGCUGUGGACUCUCACCCCCGGCUUUCGGGUAUCAUGGACACGAUCAAUGCCACGGAUGCCCACGGCCCCCAGACCAAGCUCCCCAAGGAGUUCUACGACCGCAAAGCCCGCGCCAUUAUCGACAAGAUCGGCGUAGAGGAGUGGUUCGAAGGAUACAAGGAGAGCACCGAAUACCGCAUGCUCGGCAUCGGCGGCUUGAUGGGCGACAUCACGAGCCGCAUGACGGGCAGUGUCGAGCGAAACGGCAACGACGGGCUAGUCGAGGUUGGCGGCAACGACGGUGACCUGGGCCAUGGCAGAGGAGGCGAGACGGACAUCAGGCUCGCACUAUCCGGUUGCCACGACACCACGCUCGCUGCCUGCCUGACCAGCCUAGGCGCUUUCGAAGGCGAGAAGUGGCCCCCGUUCACGAGCCACAUCGCCUUCGAGCUGUUCCGCAAGAAGGCCGCUACCCCCGCAACGCAGCGUCUCUCCGACGCGCCGGCUUCGGCGGGUACGCUUGCCGGCUCGCAGGAGAAGCCGCAGAGCUGGUGGACGUCGCUGUUCAGCAGCAAGAAGGCACCAGACCUGCCCGUCAAGCCUCAGGGCAUCGCGCGAAAACCGUUGAGGGAGCUCACGCCGGAGCAGCGCAACAAGUUGAGGGACUACUACGUCCGCAUCCGGUACAACGACAAGAUCAUGCAGGUGCCUGGGUGCAAGCCGGCAGGGAAACAUCUGGAUGGUGACGAUACGUUCUGCACACUGGAAGCCUUCAAGGGCAUCGUCGACAAGUACACGCCGAGUGACUGGAAGCACGCGUGUGCCUCCAACGUCAACACACCGUCGUUCCCGAAGGAGAUCGAGCGAGCUGGAUACGAGUAGACACGCCGGAGACUAGCCCAGAUAGACAACCCGCGCAACACUUUGGGUACAUCAGGAACCCCCGCCAAGAGUACGG